AUGCCUGUCCAUCCUGCCAGAGAGGUCAUUGGUGUACUGGGGUUCCCUUUCUCCAAAGGACAAACUUAUGAUGGGACAGAGCAAGCACCACACUAUCUCAGGGAUGCUGGCAUAAUCAAAAAUCUUCAGGCACAAGGUAACACGGUAGUGGACCAUGGGGAUGUGAACCUUGAAUCUCUGCCUGUAGAUGAACCCAACACAGACAUCAGAAACCCAAAAUCUGUGGGCACAGCAAACAAGAAGCUGUCAGAUGCCAUUUCAAGAAUUUUGAAAACCAACCAGUCAGUGCUGACACUUGGUGGAGAUCACAGCAUGGCUAUUGGCUCAAUUCAUGGACAUGCCCAGGUGGAACCUAAUCUGGUUGUUGUCUGGGUCGAUGCUCAUGCAGAUAUUAACACACCUCUAACAUCAAUCAGUAGAAACAUUCAUGGGAUGCCUUUGGCAUUCCUGGCCAAGGAGCUACAGGAGUAUAUGCCAGACAUGCCAGAAUUUGAUUGGUGUAAGCCUUGUAUAUCGGUUAGAGAUAUUGUGUACAUAGGACUUCGUGAUGUUGAUCCUUCUGAAAAGGUGUUUAUUGAAAAGUUUGGCAUCCUUGCUCACUAUAUGGAAGAUGUGGAAAAGUAUGGAGUCAAAGAACUUAUUGAACGAUCACUCAGUCAGAUUGAUCCAAGUGGAACUCGUCCCAUACAUGUCAGCUUUGAUGUGGAUGGCAUGGACCCAGCUCUGACACCAGCCACAGGGACACCUGUUCCUGGAGGCUUGUCACUGAAGGACUGCUGCUACCUGGCAGAGGAGAUCGCUAUCACAGGUCGCCUAUCAGUUCUGGACAUUGCAGAAGUCAAUCCUCUAUUAAGUUCAGAGGAGGACAGGAAUUUAACAAUGACCAACACAGUCAAUGUCACAACCAAAUUCUAUGGCAACCGCCGCAAAAGCAUCACUCCACCAGACUAUGAACUACCCAGGCCCCAGUAG